GGCACUGACUGGCAUCACUGCUGGGCACUGACUGGUGGCACUGACUGGCACAACCCCUGGGCACUGACUCAUGGCACUGACUGGCAGCACUGGUGGGUGGCACUGGUGGGUGGCACUGGUGGGUGGGCACAGGUGGGUGGGCACAGGUGGGUGGCACUGCUGGGCACAGGUGGGUGGCACUUCUGGGCACAGGUGUGUGACACUGCAGAGUGGCACAGGUGGGUGCACUGCUGGGCACAGGUGGGUGCACUGCUGGGCACAGGUGGGCGGAGCUUGCGGGUGGCACUGCUGGGCACCGAUCAUCAGGGCACUGAUCAUCAGUGCCCUGAUGAUCGGUGCCGAUCCCUGCUCUGACAACUGCCGGUUCUCGGCAGUACUUUCCUCACGAUCUGACAGCGUGAGGAAAGUGCAGCCGAGAACCGGCACUUGC